UCAUGUUUAUGAAACUUGAUUCAACAUAAAAAAAAAAUCACAUUUUGUUAACUUGGUCUUUGAUGGAUCAUCCUGGCACGUUGUGUACAUCAAUUUUUUGUGAUGGUGUAUGAUGACUGUUGGAUUGCUAUGAAGUUUUAUAGGAGUCAAAGUUAUCAUGAAUCAAAGCUUUGUAGAUAAUUUGGCAAUGUUGUUUGUCCGCACAACAGAGACUAAAAAAAGAUGUACUCCUACAGACAUGUUAUGAAGCCACUGAACGAGUUUUUUUAACGCUUCACUCUUAGAUUACUCCUCCUUCAGUUUGAACUCCAGGAUCCACCAUUGCUUAUAUGAGUAUGAGCAAAUAAAUUUGUACUACUAUAUAUAUGGAGUUGUAUCAAAAACAGAUUCAUAUACAAAUAUGUGGACGAAACUAAACUUACAAGCAAGUAAUAAAAAUACAGAGAACUAUAUUGUUGAUCUAUGAACUUUACUAUAAUAUUCUUUCAAAAUAUUAUUACACAUCUUUGUACUGGAGUAUUUUUUUUGGGAUUAAAAUGCCUUUACUCUUUAAAAGCUGUUUUUAUCAAAUUUCUUUACUCAUCUCCUCUUUCAUCACUCGAGAGAAGGGAUAAAAAUAAUGCUAUUAAAUAAAAAUAGCUCUUAAAAAUGAAGGAAAUUUUAUUCGAAAUGAUCUGAAAAGGGCAAAAUUUAUUUAAUAUAAGUGGUAGUACUACAUUUAAAUGCAGAAAUGUGUCGCAAUAUUCUAAAAAUAAAAGAAAUAAACAAAGUUUAUGGAGUACUAAUCUUUGGAGGGCAUAUACGGAAACUUGAUAUGAUUUGGUGUGGAGCGAACAAAUUUGGGGAUCUUGCCACACCUAAAACCCAAGCCAAAAGCCCUACCUCUCUCUCUCUGGAUUCAAUCUGAUCUUCUCUCUAUAGUCACCAUGGCCGCCUUCGCCGCCAGAUCAGCUUUUCGCUCCGCCGCGCGUAGCGCCACUGCGAGAAUAUCCGCCGGCGUCAAGCCUAGGUCAGCUCCAUCUCCAUUUCGCGCCUCAUCUCAAACUCCGCUCUCCGCUCGCAUUUUCAGGUCUCCCGUGGAGAUGAGCUGUGUUAGCGUAAUGUCUAUGUUGCCGUACCACACUGCAACCGCCUCCGCCGUGCUCACUUCUAUGCUAUCUGUGGCGCCUCGCGGUCACGGUUGGAGCAUUGAGGGGUUAUGAUUACUGCUCAUUGGCUGAUUUGAGGCUUGAAGGUUUUCUGAUUCUCUCUUUUUGUUUAAGCUGAUUAUGUAUGAGCCUCUGAUGAUAACUGGCACUCUAAACCUCAGUCUUAAUCCCUGCAUUGUUUUUCCCUUGAUUUGUAGCAGCAAAUGGCGGAACUAGUUUUUAUUUAUUUCCAUAGCCUUCCUUAAGAAAUAUUUCUUGUUGCCUGUGUUGUAGAUGGAUGAUUGUUAGAAUAUGUUGAGAAGCGCUGCCUUUCGUGAUUGGUGUGAAUGGACAUGUAAUUCUACUACGAGAUCAUUCAGCUUCAUCGUUAAAAGUUAUUCUUUUAUAA